AUGGUCAAAGAGUACUUUCUCGCCCCACACUUUGACGCGCCAGCACCCCCACGGGGGCUCAUCAAACUCGGCACCAUCCUCGGCGACCUCAGGGGAUUCCAUUCUUUCAACCUAGACCAUCCUCAGCCGAUCCCGGCCUCCCAGCUCCUUCCUGUCGAGACUCAAGACUCAGUUGAUAUUGACAUCCUCGACCUCCACUCAGAUCAUCAUUCCCUGACGGAAAGAGCUUUGGGACUGAUUGGCCUGGGCCCCCGUGCACCAUCACGACGUCCCGAGGGUGAUCACAAGGUACUCUCAUGCAAGCAUCUCGAUACCCUUGCCUUCAACCCGACCGAGUCCUAUGUCAAGGAUACAAUCGAAAAUCUUGAUGACGAGUCUUACGAGCCGUCAAGCAAGUUCAAGCGACCAGUGUACAUGGUCACAGGACUGAAGAUUGCCCGUGUUGCGUCAUACUCUUCUCGGGUUACUAGCCGCGUGGUCUUUGGUCGCGAUUUUUCUCUUCCUCAAAACCCCAUCGUUUCGCUAGACAUGAGCCUCGCCCAUCACAAUGAAAACAUCAUGGAGUUUGGUUGGGGCGAAUCUGACGACUUCAUCGCCGCUUUCAAGGUGGUACAGGUCUGGGUGAACCAUAAGGGAGAGGUCAAGUUCGAGGAGUACAACAAGAAGGCGGUGAUGGAGUUCGAGACGUAA